GAAACCGGCUUGGGUGAUCAGAAAGCCGGCGUGCCAAAGCAGAACGUUCUCGCGGAUGACGUUACUGCACCAGCUGCUCCGCUUGUUCUUGAUGUGGUGCACUACGUUCCGCGCGUUCCAGUCGACGAGAUUCUCCUCACUGACCUCAACCAUUCUGACUUGGUGUCCCCCUUUGGAGAUUGGGCAAUGAAACAGGACACAGGUGAGGAGCCUCCUGUCAGAGCCGACAUUUCACAGGGUUUACGCUUGUUGGUGCUACUUCGGCUGACGGUGGACAAGGCAUCAGGGUACAAAUCGGUAAAGAAGACGUUCUAUGUUCCCUUCUUGGUGGGUACGGGAUCUCCACAAACCUUCCUUUGCAAAGCGGACUACGAAAACCUUGGCGUUGGCAAUGCUCGAAACACCUACAUCGAGGGCAUUUUUGCAAAUCCCUGCAUUUCUUCGGGGCACUUUGAGGACAUCAACUUGCUGGGAACCGACGUGCUCAGGAAGACCAACCUCUUUGUCGACUAUCAAGCGGGCAAGUUGCAUCUGGGUUUUUUCGAACAAGGCAGGAACUCCAACGAAACACAUUUGUAUUUAGCACUGAAUGAUCAUCUCGUGUUCUGUCUUAGCCAUGCAUGA